AAUGAACAAGUCACCUCAUUUAUCUCCAAUGUCCAAACAACAUCAGCAACAGCAGCAGCAGCAGCAACACCCGUUCUGCCUGUCUCCACAGACGCCCCAUCGCCCUCAUUUCCAGCACAUGAAAUCUAGUCCCAGUCAUUUCAUCAAUGGUCAUACAUCACCCAUCUUCAAUCAUAACAACAAUAUUUUAAACAAGGCUCAGAUGCUAGAGCAACAUCAGCCCUUGUCCUUGGUUUCUCACCACAAGAACCAACAGACGCCUUUAAAAGAAAUCAGCAACAACAAUGGAAACAUGCAGAGGGAGGGAGAAAAUGGUGCUAUCGAUCUGAGCAAGAAGCCAAACAACAAUGCAAGAGAGCCUUUGGAGAUGACCAAAAAUGAAGCUGACCAAUUGCUGAAAGUCAUGGUGAAUGGUGGUUCCUGUGAGAAUUGUAACCACGAGACCAAACUGAGGCUCCUGCGGCAAAACGUGGUUCGCAUGCUUAGUAUACUGGUCCCCAACCUAAACUUUGAAGAGAAGGGAAUCAGCGCAGAAGGAGACUCGGUGGACGAGUUGCUGCAUGACGUGAUUGAAAGCAACAUGCAAGAGGAUGAAAUGGUUGAAUAAAUCCUAAAACCCAUAAUCCAGUGAACCAUGCACCAAAACAAAGAAAAGAAAAAAUGGCAAAUGUUUCUCAUAAGCUUUUUUUUUUAAUGGCAGAAAUAAAAAAUCUGAAAUUUUUUAGGAAGAACAGUUACCCUAGGAAGAUCUGUCUCAGAAGUUCCAAAGCAUUACUUGUCAUGGACAUCAUCACAUUCUCUCAAGUGUUCCAGUGUGCAAUACUGCAUCUUUUUUUUUUCUCCCAUGUCAUCUUAGAAACAUAUCAUGAGGGACUCGAGUUCUCUCACAAAACCAAUAAAAACCCAUGAGCUGGCAGCGACUGCUUGGCAGAACUCUCAUCAGUGUUGUUUUCAUCCCAUCGUCUGGUCCAAGACCGCUCUCUCCAUGAACCAUUCAUAACAAAAAACCAAACCAAAUAGCUGUGCACUUUUACUAGCGUGGUGGCCUCUCGAGAGAUGAAAACUUUAUAUUUAUACAUGGAGGCAAACAGCGGUUGAUAGAACCAAAGAUGAUUAUUUUAACCCCUAAUUAUAUAUCUAUUGUGUGUUGUUCACGUGUCAUAUUAAUGAUUUAAUUAAGAAGUUUCAUUGGAAACUUUUAUGCCAUUUAAAUUUUUUUCUUUUUAAAUGUUACAUUACCAACCAAUGUGUUGGAAACAUCCACUUAAUCAUUUUAUCAAUAUCUCAUGUGCUUUAUUUAUUAAUGAUAUUUACUAAUUCAUAUUGGUUUUUUCAUCAUUAUGGCCCAAGACUUUUUGUUGGGGAUGAGUGCAUAUUGAAUCGCUAGAUUAUGCACAGUCCUCCAUUGUAGACUGGUUGUGAAGUUUGAUUAUUCCAAGCUGUAUUUAUGAUUUUAUUUCGUCCAGUUACUUGAUUUUACAAGAUAUAUACAACAAAUGGCUUUUUUAUUGAUGAUUUAUUUACAAAUGAUUAACAUGAUGAUCUCUUUGUGAAGAUGAAAGCACCUAUUUAUGAGAACUUUUUUUUUUUUUGCCCUUAAACUAAAUCAUGUGUACGCGGUGACUUACUGUAGUAUACAUAGCAUUUAUGAAGAGUUAAUGGAAUUUUAAGGAUGUGUACUUGAGUCUAAAAAAGAACAAGAAAGAAUUCCCCAUAAUUUUUUGGACAUAAUUCGAUCAAAUCCAAUUAAUUUUCCCAAACUAAACUUGUUUACCUAUAGAUUUCUUAGGCCUAGACCCAGUCUUGGAGAAAAAAGUAUAUAAAACACGUGUUCUGAUUUCGGUGAAACACCUUGUCAAAGGUAUGUUUUGGUAACAGAAGGUUGAAUCUCUCUUGAUCUCAUGUCUUCACUUCUUACUGAACAAGCUAAUUUUGUCAUUUGAUAUUUUUCAACAUGUAAGAUGUCAUUCAAAUAUGUAAAUGGAUCUCCAGAAAGGUCAACGCAUUUUAUGUUUGACUGUUCUUUGUCUUGGGAAAAAUGCAUUUUAUGUCUUUUUAUUUUAUUUUUGUAUAAAUGAGUCAUUAAUUUUUUUUUGUGUUCCAGAAUAAUCCCUAAUUUGACCCCCUGUUCACAUUUCACACAUUACAAUGGCCUUGAUAGGUGCUGCAUUAUGUAUCUUUGUCAGAAUUUACACAUUGAAAGAGGGGUAAAUUUUUAUAAGCAAACUCUAGCAAUUUUCUUCCAAGUUCUUUUCUUAGAGAAAAAUAUUUUGGUGCAGCUUUCAAAUCUUUUUCACAAGGUUAUACUCUAUACUUUUUAGAACAGAUGGGAAAGAUUUCAAAUAAAAAUUCAUGGCUUAAAAAAUGUAACCAUAUAUGGUUAUAAUGUUCUCAUGAAAAACUGAUUCUUUUUUUUUUUAUGGGAGGGGCUACUUUUGAGCUCAUUAAAACUCAGUGAGUCAAAGAUGAUGCUUCGCAAUAUUGACCACAACUUGAGUCAUAUUUAGGUUUUCUAUGUUUUCUUUACUCAUACACCAAAUGACAUUCAGAGCUAUCAAAGCUAUAAGUAAUCUAUUGAUUUUUAGGCUUGAGCAAUGAGCAAUGCCUGAUGAUAAAAUGUUGCCCAACCUUAGUAAUUAUGUACUAAAAAUCAAACUAAUCUGUUUUAUGAGUCUUAUUAAGGGACUUUAUUAAGUGUCUUCCAGGUUUUGAACCUACCCUCCUCCUACACCCUUAAAAGUUUUGGGGAUUUUUUUGGGGGGGAGGGGGGGGGGGUUGAUAAAUUUCCUCCUUUUAUUAUUCAAAUCAUAGCAAUAAAUAACCAAAAUGUGAGCUUCCUACAUAAUUUGCAUAUAUUUUUAUUUCUUGAGACAAGGGGAAGUGUAGAUUAUGUAACAACCAAAGAGGGAGGGCUGAAUUUUUUUUUUCUGGCUUUGUAUGUAUGAGGAGAAGCUUCCAAUUACUGUUGUAAUGUUGCAUAAUUCAAAAAACUUUUCCCGUUUCUAGACUCAAGUAUAUAUUGGCUUAUUAUUCCAGAUCCUGACAUAAAUUGCUAUUCAUUUGUUAUUUUUCAAUCUGACUCUCCUCUAAAGUGGAAUAUAAAUGAUUUAUGAGAAGCAAGUUGUGAUUAUGAUAUAAUUAGAUAGAUAUGUUUUAUUUCAAUUGAAUUUCAAAAUAACGGCAGAAUUCCAUUAAUGGGGAACCGACUUCCAUCUUGAUUUCCAAAAUUGUGCAUUAUUUACUGUUGUGUGUCGCAUUCUCUUACAAUUUAUGACCAAUUGUAGAAUGGGAGUUUGAAUACUCAUCAUUUUUAUUGUGACAAUAGAAAUUUAACUGCCAGGAUUUCUACUGGGUCAAAAAUAUUGGAAAUGUUUUCCCCCUUGUAAAAUUAUACCAUUCAAAUAUGAAUAAUAGCAUGACUUUGUGACAUAUUCUGACAUAUUGGAAAUUUUCAGUGGAAUUAAAAGAAGCAUUGUUCAGUUGAUUCAAGAUAAGGGGAAAUUUUAGCAUGCAGUUAUUCAAAUUCUGAAGAAUCGUAAAUUGUCAAGUUUUUCAGGGCUUCCUUAUAAAAUGUC